AUGGCGUCCCAAAGUACUCAUGCCGGUAAGAAGCGCCGCGCGGAAGGGCCGCCAAACGUGCGAAGCGCGCCAAAGCGCAGAAAGCCCGAUAUACCGACCGAGCAUGUCUCCAAAGGCGAGAUCAAUAUCGCGAACUUCGUCAAGGCACGUGAGUUCGAGAUCAAGGCACUGGAGAAGAAUAUGCGGGAUAUGCGCAAAAGCCUGAGCUCGCGGGCAUUUCAGCAAGUGCCCCGUCAUAUGCGGCGGAGGACGGCUAGCCAUAACGUCAAGAAGGUUCCCAGACGACUGCGGAAGCGAGCGCUGCGUGAGAUGAGAGAGGAUAACACCCCGACCGUAAGCAAGAGAACUCGGGCGCCGUCGAGAAAACUGCGAUUGCGACUCGAAACGGCGAAGUCAUUGAAGAAGCUCAACCAGCGCUCCAAGACGGUCCGGCAAAAGAAGAAAGAAGCAAAGGCCAAAGACAAGCCGAAAGAGACCGACCCAGAGAAACAAGUGGAGAUUGUGCGAGUUCCCAAGAUCAAGAAGAACAUCCCUGCAAAGCCUCCCACGGCUACGACCAAGUAUAGGCGACGGCAGGUGAACAAGACAUGGCUGCCAACCCAUCUAUGGCAUACCAAGAGAGCUCACAUGACGAGACCGAUAGAGCCGCUUUGGAAUCUUGCUAUCCCAUUGCGUCCGACGGAGAAGAGUUACAGGCCCAGCCAUCGUGCAGCAGGCACCAGAGGCUGCAUUGCGUGGGACACCAGUUACAUGUCUACAGUUGCAUGCUUGGGGACCGACCAUACGCUGCUGAACAUGCUGGAAGCUCUUGGCUUCGCGCCGGCUACCGAGAGCGUAGCGAAGAUGAAGAGGUGGAAAUCCGGCACAAGGUUCGCCGAGGGGUAUUGCCACAUGAUAGAUGGAGCGAAGAGUCUGCUCGGACCAAUGUUGGUACUGUGGGUUGGCUCCGCUGAGCCGCCAGCGAAAACCACAGUCCAAGAGGGCGUUGCGGCAGGGGAUGCAGCAGCUCCAGGGUCAGUGAAGGAGCAUAAGAAGGUCAAGCUCGAUAGAAAGAUCUUCAUCCGGGUCCAUCCAUCCUUUUUCAAGGAUUUCUGGACGCAUCUCCUGAGAGCCGCCAAAUCACAGAAACCGCAAGUCCUGGUAGAGGAUCUGCGCUUCGAGAUCGGGAGCAUUCACAUUACAGGUCCGGCAUCGACCGAAGCGCUUCUGGCUGUACUCAAGCCGAGACAUCCCCCAAGCGAGGAGAAAACUGCUGUAAAGACUUGGGCAUCACUGGCUGGAUUGAGCAACCCAGGUUCUUUGCCAGAUCGGACGCUUAUGCCUCUUGAGAUCGUCGACCCACGGCUUAGCCACCCGCCCAAGCAAGUCAAGGUUCCAUCAGACUCCGACAGCCUCAACAGACUCACGGAGCUGAUCGCCACAUGGCCUCCUGACCAGAAUCCGGUACCUACAAGCCUCGCAACACAUAAAGCUCGAUGGAUAGCAAGUACACGAUUGCCCUCCCAGAAGUCCAUCAAUCGUCGUCGUGCAGAAGCUGGGCCCGGUAAAUCCAUACCUGUCCUCGACAAAGACCCUCAAAUCCCUGUACUUCUACUAUCGCACCGCGCGCCCAACAGAGACUCUAAUUCACAAGGAUCCUGGACUGUGCUCCUUCCCUGGUGUUGCGUAGAUGCCGUCUGGCGCUCUCUGCUAUACUAUCCUAUCGCCACUGGUGGCACGCCUCGCUUCGGCGGUCUGUACCAGACGCAGCAGAUCGCGUUCGAGCAGCUGGUGCCGUGGUUUCCUGCAGACAUGCCGGGAACGGCCGCGGGCAAGGCGUGGGAGAGGACCCAGAGCGAGAAGCGGUUUGACGCGUGGAUCAGGCGGCCACCAAGUCGGCGCAUGAGAUGGGAAUUGGUUGACUUGGGUCUUGGGAGAAAAGGUGAAGUAGGGAGAGGUUGGUGCUGUGACUGGGAAUAUCUAUUCAAAGAUACCGUGGAGAUGGAUGAACCGCCAGCCAAAUCCCCUGAGGUGGAGCCUGAGUCUAUAGAAGUCGAUGCUCAAGGUGACCAGCAAGAGGAAGAGCGUGGCCGCAGGCGCAAUACCUCGUCGCCGGAGACCACACCUGAGCCUGAAGCUGCAACAGGAAUAUCGGAGACCGAGUACAACCAGGUCGCGCCUCCUGAGGCAGCCAUCCUCCUCAAACCUACGGAAUCAAAGGGAGUGACCGAUUCCGGGCUCAGUGACAUUCCCGCCAUUGCCACUGUCCGCAUCCGCCUUCUUACCAAAGGAACGCCGCAGGCCGGGGCGCGGAUUUACCGACUCCCACAGCCAGACAAGAUCGCAGCGAACACAGCAACCCAGCCUUCAUCCGCACCAGUACAAUCCUCACUUCCAGCCUCCGCUGUUGAGCGAAGCAAUGCAGGCGUAGUACUGGCACAACCUGAGCCCGCCGCCCCACAACCAUCGACACCAACACCCUCCCUCCCUGCUUCAGCAGAAGUGCACACCUCGACCUACCCCUCCACCACCACGACCAUUAGCGACCCUCCCACCUCAGCCUCCCACGCACCAUCACUCGCAGCGCAGCGCCCACCCACCUCCCUCAACCCCUCCUCCACCGCCUUCUCCACCCUCCCACAGCCCAACACACCCACAACCCAGCGUGCCAAAUGGCUCUCCCUCGUCCCCCCCACCUUCUACGCCUCCCACCACAAACCCAGCAACACCAACCACACCGCCCGCCCCCUCCCCAAACCCGCCACCAACCACCGCAACCUCCCCAGCAAACCCACCGUUCACGCCGCCGGCCCGGACGACUUCGCCCUCUCGCGCCUCUCCGUCCUCCCCCGCAACGCCCCACAGGCCAUCGUGGACGAAUACGCCGCCAAGCCCCUCUCCCCCGCGGAACAGGAGGCGUGGGCGCGCGCCGAGCUGCUGAGGGAGCUGGCGCGCGGGGAGAAUCUUGGUGCGGGCGAGAAGUGGGAUGUGGAGAAGGGGUUGGUGGAGUGUCCUGACAAGGAGGAGUUGGUGGGGUUCGUGACGAGUGGGGGGUACAAUUUGGGGGAGGGGCGGGGGACGGCGGUUGGGGGGUUGUGGGUGCAGAGGGUGAGGGAGGGGUGGAGGGUCGAGGAUGAGGAGGAGAGGAAGGGGGAGGGGGGAGCAGAGGGGAAGAAGUUGAGGGAGAGGAGGGUUAGAGAGAGGAGGUUGUGUGUGGUUAGGAAUGCGGGGGAGGCGGUGGGGAGGUUGGGUGUGUGGGAGGUUUGUUGA